UAUUGUGCUUAUCUGGACAUACACAAUUCCUUGGGCCUUAAUGCCACUAAUGCAUGUUUGGGGUCGAUUUGUGCCAGAAGGUUUUUUGACGAGCUGCAGUUUUGAUUAUUUGACAGAUACGUCGGAAAUACAAUACUUUGUGGCCACAAUAUUCACCUUUUCCUAUUGUAUACCAAUGGUCCUCAUCAUAUAUUAUUAUAGUCAAAUUGUCAGCCAUGUUAUUAGUCACGAGAAAGCUCUUCGUGAACAAGCAAAGAAGAUGAAUGUCGAAAGUUUGAGAAGCAACGCCGGUACGAAUUCUCAGACUAUGGAAAUACGUAUAGCCAAGGCUGCGAUAACAAUCUGCUUUCUCUUUGUUCUGUCGUGGACUCCAUAUGGCGUUCUCGCGAUGAUUGGUGCUUUUGGAAAUAAGGCAUUAUUAACUCCCAGCGUCACAAUGAUACCGGCAUGCACAUGCAAAUUUGUGGCUUGCUUGGAUCCAUAUGUAUAUGCCAUAAGCCAUCCAAGAUACAGGUAAACAAAAGUGAAGAAUUCUGUUUUUCUUUUCUUUUUAUCUUAAAUCAUAUAUCAUAAGAUAUCUGAUCUACUAAUGCAGCUUAUGAUUAUAAUUAUAAUAUUAUAGUAGAGGAUGUUGCAUAUAAUAUACUUUACGGAAAAUGAUUUUGCAGUAGUAUUUGUUUAAACUUUGGGACUUUUGAUUAACGUUCCAUAAAAAUUACAAGAAUUAUGAAUUAAAAAAUAUGAACAAACAUUAGAAAACAAUUUUCGUAAAAUAUGUGCGGAGUUUUUUGAUAGUUC